AUGAAGUCUUCAAGACGUAAAAAAAUUUCCAACAAAUGCAAUCAAAAGUUCCAGACGGUUAAACCUGGAAGUUGCAUCAUAAUUAUUGUUGGAGUUCCGUUUCAGUGCGCGGCCGGUCGCGCGGCGUGGCAGGAGGCGGCAGCGCUGUCUGUGGGGGGCGGCGGGCUGGGAGCUGGUGGGGCCGCGCGCCGCUGCUCCGUGCUCGGCGAUCAUCCUGGCGCCAGGAGAGACCAGCGCGGCAAGUGGCACCGCACCAAUCGGGUCCGCGACGCGUCCUAUGGUUCAUCAUCAGACUCGGACGAGGGGGAAGGAGCGCCCGGCGAGCCUUGGGGCGUCGCUCGCUUGUUAUACGCCGGGCUGGCUAUCCUCGCUGUUGGUCUCGUCAUUUAUUUCGUGGGUACCGGAGACAAGGGUUUCAAAACGCCUGCACUACGCCUGGUGGGCCCGUCCCUUAUCGUGGCGGGGUUGGCGUGUUGUUUGUUACGUAUCAUGUUUUGUAUAUUCGCCAAGCCUUGCUGCAGACGGCGACCCAACCACAAGGAGAACAGAAGACUGUCAGGUUGCGUGGAGGGGGAGGAAAUGCCUCUGGCUGGUGCGAGUCGAGCUGGGCCAGCGCAGUGUUCCCCCGCUCGAAGACUCGAUGCCUCCUCAUGCGACGUAUCAAGCUUGUCGAGUGGCGAAGAGGACGAACGGCUGCGACGAUAUCGUACCAACAAUCAGCCGCAGACUGUACUCGUGCAACCAGUUAUGCUUAUGAUUCCAGACUGA